AUGCGUAGCAAGGAUCCUUUUGAUGACCCGAAGGUUGAGAGCAUUGCUGAGAUCUUUCAUCGUCUUACCGGAGGUCAUGUAGGAAUAGUAUCGACAGCAUACAUUGCGGAUGCUACCCCUGCUGCCUUGGUAUCGCACACCCGUCUCCGUAGCCAGUAUGGAGCUAUCGUCGAUACCUACCUCAAUGGUGUCCAGAACUACACAUGGACAAACGUUCCUCUCGAUGUCAUUUUCGGUGGUGGUGCCGAGCAGUUCUACCCGUCUGAACUUGGAGGUGUCACGUAUCAGGACAAGAACUACUAUGAUGAGUUUGCCGCGCAGGACUAUCAGAUCAUUCAGAACCGCACUGCUCUGCUCUCUGCCAGCAACGAGGAAAAGGCUCUUGGUAUCUUCACCACCUCCAAUAUGGCCAAGUGGCUCGACCGCAAUGUCUACCGUGACAACCUCAACCAAUCGCUUUCCCCUACUGGAGAUGAGACACCCGCUCUUGAUCAGCCGGGCCUCAAAGAGAUGACCCUCAAGGCCAUUGACAUCCUCGAAACCCGCUCAGGUGACAAAGGAUGGUUCCUUAUGUCAGAAGCCGCCAGCAUUGACAAGAUGAUGCACGCUCUCGACUAUGAUCGCGCACUCGGUGAACUUCUCGAACUCGACGACACGGUGAAGGCCACUAUUGACCACCUCAACUCCACCAACUGCCUCAAGGAGACUCUGAUCCUUGUCACUGCCGACCACGGCCAUGGCUUCGAUGUCAUGGGCUCCGUUGAUACCCACUAUCUAGCUGCCCAAAACGUCGACCGCAAGAAACGCAAGUAA